UUGGAAAAUUAACUUGCAUAUAAUUCUGAAUGAAUACAAAUUUUGUUCAAACUGAGUAAAAUUAUUAUGUGUGAUUAUCACAUUUGUAUAUUCAGGACUUGAAUUUGAGACUUAAUUAAGUUGAAUACUUAAAAUAAAGGAUUAGACUACUGUGGUGUGCGCUUAAAUUUUUUGCUUAGAAAGGUAGUUGAAGUUGUUAAUUCCUUUGUUGAGAGUUUACAAGGAUGUUUACAAGUUAUGAUUGGGCCUGGGGAACCGGAAGGGAAAGGCAUGGAGGCCCAAGCCCAAUACAUAAAUUGGUUUAAAAGAUAGCUUCCGACAAUACCAAUGGUGGUUGUUUAGAGAGAAUACAAAAGAGAAUGUGAGCUUGUGGUGAGGAGUGAUAGUUGGAUGGGUAUUGAUGUCCCAAUGUGAGUCUCUCGUAUCAAACACCAUUCUCUCACCUUCCAUAUAUUUUUAUAUUCUCUCCAUACAUUCAUCAUAUAUAUAUAUAUCUUUCUUCAAAUCUCCGGCAUACCCUUUUGGCCGGAGAUGAGUAAUAAUGAUAGUAAUUGGGUGUUGGAUUAUGAUUACCUAGACAACAUUCCCCUCCCUACCCUUGACCCACCCAAUUUCUCUUGGUCCUCCUCUCCUCCUCCCACACUCAGUGUGGAGCUAGAUGACUCAUUUAGAAAUUCGGAUGGUUUCAAGGAAAAUGGGUCAAGAAAACGUUUGAGGUCAUCUGGUUCCAAAGCAUGUAGAGAGAAAAUGAGAAGGGAUCGACUGAAUGACAGGUUUUUGGAACUGGGGUCUAUCCUGGACCCUGUAAGGCCUCUCAAAAUGGACAAGGCUGUUAUAUUAAGUGACGCAGUUCGUUUGGUGUCUCAGUUAAGAGAGGAAGCUCAGAAGCUCAAAGACUCCACUGAGACUCUACAAGACAAAAUCAAUGAAUUGAAGGCUGAGAAAAAUGAGCUUCGUGAUGAGAAGCAGAGACUAAAAGCAGAGAAAGAUAACCUGGAGCAGAAGCUUAAAGCCUUGAGUUCACAACCUAGCUUCUUUCCUUCGCUUCCUGCAGCAGGACAAGUUGUUGGUAGCAAACUGGUGCCCUUCAUGGGCUACCCAGGAGUUGCCACGUGGCAGUUUUUACCACCUGCUGCUGUUGAUACCUCACAGGAUCAUGUACUCAGGCCUCCAGUUGCAUAACUUAGCAAAGGCUAUGUGUUUUGGUCCAAUUGAGAAAAGGAGUUUAUCUUAUCAUUUGUGUUAUUGCUUUUGCUUAUGUGAAAUGUAGAAAAGAAAAGAAAAUCUUAUUGAUUAUAGAGGCAACUUUUUGAUAA